GAUAAACUUUUCGUUCAGCGAGGUCGCAGUAAUCGGCGUCAUAAAGUCAAGCAGACGUCUUAUCACAUUGAACCCGCGGAUCACUCAACAAAAGUUCCGCUAAACCUGAACCAUGAUAGCAUAUUUUCUUCUUUUGACUGUGACUAGUGUACUUGGUGCUCCAACUGACCAGUCACAUUCUGCUUUGGAACAAUUCAAGAACAUUAUUCGGACACAGGUCACCACACUUUGGCACACUGUUGACAAAAAUGGCGACGGUCGAUUCGAGGCGAGCGACAUGCACCACAUCUUCGAUGAUUACGAUGCUAACCAUGACCAUAGUGUGACCAAGCAUGAAUUCGUGACGAGGUUUGCCCACAAUGAACCAGAGUUGAACAUAAUCGGUGAGGGUCUGUUCCUGGAAUUCGACAUGAACCAAGAUGGCGCUAUCACCGUGUCCGAUUUAGACCUCUACUAUCAGAAGAUCGAUUCAAACAACAAUGGGCAUGUGGAGAAGGAGGAAUUCGUUCACUACUUUACGGAGAUCUUCACCAUUCUGUACGUCAUCCAGCUGAAUCAGACGACAGUUGCACCUGGCGGCCGCUAGAAAGAAAAAUUACGCUCCAUCCCCGAAUUAUGCAUUUUCUUGGACUUUAGAUGGUCAUAACUGUAGACCAUAAAUUAAAAUAUAUAUACUAAAUAUAAAAGUAUAUCAUAUUACAUCAAUCAAUCAAUCAAUGGAACAGUAUGAUAAUGUCAUAUAUAUUCGUACAAUAUACGCUAUACCUAUUAUAAUGUGGAAAAGUUAAUUGUUCAAUUAAUUUGAUUGUUAAUUAAUUAAUUGAUAAUUGAUUGUUAAUCAAUUGUCAUUGUCAUUUUUUCAUUGAUUGAUUGAUUGACUAUGAACUAACUUUU